AAAAAGUUUUAACCAAUAACAACGAACUGCUGCGGCUACACAUGAAACGGUACCUUAAGGAGUCUUCCGAGGGAAUACGCGGUUUCCACUCUCUGCAUCACCCGACAUGUAGUGAGGCGAAAUGUUUGUUAUCAGCGUGAUACGAAUAAACGUUUUGUCAAACUGAAAGCGGAGGAUCGUGUUGCACGAUGAGUGGCUAUAAGAUACCGAUAAUUGAACCGACUAUAGACUACACAAAGGUACCGCCGAUCAAUCAAAAGCGAACGGUCUCUUUUAUAAAUCACUUCAUCACCCAUACCGUUACAUUUCUGAACAAGUUCGCUCUAUCCUGCGAGGAGAAGUUGUACGAGUUCGAAAAUAAGCUGCAAAAGUUAGAAGCGUCCUUAGAGAUAUUAGAGUCACGGCUGUCCUCUAUACCUGGUUUAGAGCAGGAGUAUCGUAAAGAAUCGGAUAACGUUAACGAGAAUAAUACAAGUAAGUCGGAGGAAGUGGAGGUGCGCAAAGUGGAUGAACCCGAUAGUAACGAGAUAGAGCCUAAAGAUGAAGGGGAGAAAGAUGAACAUGCCGCAAGUAAAGACCCUCGGUAUGAGAAGUACUUUAAAAUGAUUCAUUUCGGUGUGCCGAAGCAGGCGGUUAAACUAAAAAUGGAGCAGGAAGGGCUGGAUGCAUCCGUGUUGGACAAUCCGCAACAGGUAGUUUCUAUACAACGGCCGUCAAAUAACAGUGAAAAUCAAGAUGAAUAGAAGUUACUAAGUAGCUCAUUAUACUCACGUUAGGUACAUCUGAUGAUUUUUACUUUAUAAAAUUACGGUUUACCGUAAAGAAAUAAAGAAUUGUACAAAUCCCUA